AAAAAGGGGAAAAAAACUGUAAAUAUUCUCUGAUCUUUGUAGUCCCCAAUGAAAGCAAAUGAUUAACCUUAUAAUGAAUAAAUUUAUAUUUGCAAAUAUCUGCUUUUUUGUGGGUAAAAUACUAAUAGUUACAUAGUACUAAAUAAAAUAGUCCAACUUUUCUCUGGGCAAUAAAAUGUAAAAUCCAGAGUAAUAUAACAGUAAAUAGCAUGAUUUAUAUAUAAGCCGUUUACUCAACUCAUCUCAAAUAUAAUCGGUGAUUAAUCAACUCUUAAAAUAAUCAUUUGCGGCAGCCCUACUUCCAAGUUGGUCUCUGACAUUCCUCGCAUGACUCGCCUGUACGCUUUUACACCAUCCACACAUGUGAACAUGAUGUUUAAAGCUCGCCCAGUGUGGAUAAGCGAAUGUUUCCAUUCCAUUUCUAUUCUUUCUCACAUAGCAGCAGCAGUGGCAAUGCCACAUUUGACCCAUAUGUUUAGUCUAGUCAUGGCUUCCACGGCGUGUUUCUGCUUGGGAGUUCCUUCUCAUAAAGCCUUUUUAGCCCAGCCUUGAAGAAGUGAAAAAAAGCGCCAGACAGAAGCUUGUUUGGGAACAAACACAACAACACGCAGACUAGACAGUCGGCACAAGCAUCUUUACAAGCUUCAGGAUUUUUUGGAUGGAGCUGGCGCUGGACACCGCUGUGACCUCCAAACGAACCUGCUCAGAAGAGGCUGUGGACCUGAAUUUACUGAAUCAGGUGUUAAAGUGGAAGUCGACGCCACUGUCAGUAGCACACAAGUGAACCCAAGAGACAUUAGCGUCACGCUAACGCCAGGUUCUGAGGCUAGCUUCGUCGUCGCUGUAAAGCAGCUACCGCGCUACCCAGUGGAUCUUUACUACCUGGUGGACGUUUCCGCAUCCAUGCAGGAAAAUCUCGAUCAUCUCAAGACGGUGGGCGUAGCUUUGUCACUGCGGAUGGCGGAGCAUGCUUCGGAUCUGUGGCUCGGUUUUGGUUCCUUUGUAGACAAGCCGGUAUCGCCUUACAUCAACGUGCAUCCUACAAAGAUCAACAACCCAUGCAGUGACUACGAGAUCCGCUGCCGACCCGCCCACGGCUUCCACCAUGUUUUGAGCCUGACUGGAAACAUGAGCGAGUUCACACGCGUGAUCAAACGCCAGCGAAUUUCGGGGAACAUGGAUACGCCUGAGGGAGGCUUGGAUGCAAUGCUGCAGGCAACUGUGUGCCAGAGAGCCGUGGGUUGGCGUCCCGAGGCAAAACGUCUGUUGCUCCUGAUGACCGACCAACCUUCUCACCUCGCCCUGGACAGCCGACUGGCGGGAAUUGUGGUACCUCACGACGGCUUGUGCCACCUGGAAAACAAUGUCUACACUGGGAGCACCAGGAUGGAUCAUCCAAGUCUGGGGCAGUUGUCUGACAAGCUGCUGGAAAACCAUAUUUACUCCAUUUUUGCUGUGGAGAAACAGCAGUACAAGUGGUACGAGGAGUUAGUCCGCUUACUACCCGGCUCCUACCUUGGGAAAAUUGAGUUCUUCCAGUCUCCAAACCUCAUUGAUCUCGUAGUGGACUCGUAUAAGAGCUUGCUGACAGAUGUGACAUUGUCAGUGUCGGUGGAUGACGAGGCGUUCGGCAGGUACUGGACGUCUGUGUCACCCGUGUGUCCUGAAGGCACCACCGCGAAAGAACGGAGCUGCUCGGGGGUUCAGCCAAACCAGACGGUCUACUUCAACAUCACCGUCGGCCUACGUUCCUGUCCCGACAAUGGAUCGGAUGAAGACAUCCGAGUGAUGGUUCGCCCGGUGGGCUACAAUGAAUCUACUACUGUGAGGAUCCACGCAAAAUGUCAGUGCGGUUGCGAAUCAACGGGACGCUGCGGCGAGACUCUGCGGUCACCAUGCGAGGGGACGAUGGACACUAACGGUCAUGACCAAAGGUCACUUCAGGGACUUGUUAAUGAAUCAGACUGGAACUGUCGAGCGGAAGGCUCGGACGUGGAUUGUAGCGGUCGAGGAGUGUGCGAAUGUGGGAGGUGUGUGUGCGAGCGUGGUAGACUUGGCAGCGUCUACGGGAAAUACUGCGAGAACGAUGACUUCUCCUGUUCUUAUGAAGGUGGACUACUGUGUGGGGGACAUGGCGUGUGCGUCUUAGGUGAAUGCGUAUGUGAUGACAACUGGACAGGCGAUAGCUGCAGUUGUCCCAUCUCCACAGCGACCUGUCAAUCACCUGACGGUUUGCUGUGCAGCGGGCGAGGCGUAUGCGAGUGCGGCCGGUGCGUGUGUCACGAUCACAAAUACUCCGGAGACUUCUGUGAGCGAUGUCCUGCUUGUCAAAGCUCCUGCGUAUCAAACUGGAAGUGUGUGGAUUGUCAUAUGUCACACGGGUUAAAACAACAAGAGGCGGGACACUGCAACCGAACUUGUGAUACGGAUGUUUUUUACAACAGUGAUGUGAAAUCAGGGGGAAAGCACAUUCAAUGCAUGUACAUUGGUAGUGACAACUGCCGCUAUUGGUUUCAAAUGAGCUCCCAAUCUGGACGGAAUAAGCUUCACAUCAGCACACAAGCAGAGUGUGCCAGUAGAGGCCGAGCGGUUGGGACCUUCCUAAGUGUAUGUGCACUGACGGUUCUGUGCGGGUUGGUAGUGGUGGCAGUGUCCAGGCUGCUUUUGCAGAAAAGAGGCUGGUCGCCAGGGGACGCCAUCAAAGAUGGGGAAUACAACUGCACCAGGAAGGAAUUAUCCUACAUUCCCACAAGCAAUGAGAAGACAGUAACUUACAGGAGAGAACGCCCUCCCGACCAUUCAGUGGAGAUGACCGUUCACGUCAAGAUGCCGCUUGGCGAACCCUGGCAAUGAUACAGGGAAAGGACAAUGAGUUGGACUCGAUUUUUCUUUACUGUGGAUGGGAAAAUCCGGAUUGUUGUAAGAAAUUGAAAAACAUAUUUUAAAGACUUUGGGACUGAGAUGGCCAGUACAGUAUUGAGGUUCUGGGUCUGGAGUAGUUGCACUGAUUCAAGUCAUCUACCAAGUCAGUACCACUCUAAUUUAUGUGCACGUGUAUUUCUAUUCAUAUUUUAUCCAAAUUGUCUCAGACUGCCCUCUUCUGGCCAAUUUGAGGUACGCCUUUUCAAUUUCACCAUCAAUGCUGUGCUAUAUGACUUGUGGGUUAAUUUAUGAUUUCUGUUUAGUGUUAAGUCGUUUUUCAUUGAUUCGUUUGUCAUUUUUAGAAGUUUCUUCAUUUGUGUCAACUGAUCAACUGACAUUGCAUUCCAGGCUUUUUUUUUUUGUUUAGACUUGCACUUGUUUUGUAUUAUACUACUGAGUGACGGUGAUAGACGUCAAAUUUAUUCAUCAUGAACUGAUUAGUUUGCAGUGCUAUCGUCGAUGAAUUGUCGAUUCAUGAUUAUGUUUCAGUGCCGUUGACGGCGAUCGGCGUCCAAUCCAUUUUGAUUUGGAGAGACUGGCACCAAAUGAUCGCUGCCAGCCCUCCCAGGCAAAAUGGAUAUUAGGGCAUUAGGUUUGCGGGAACAAAUCCACUGGACUAACAAUCAAAAUGUAACAUUUCUGGGAAGAAGCAUGAACACGUGACCUCUAAUGAGAAGGAAGCUUGCUGUAGCCAACUGAACUGGACUGAUGACGUUCUACUUUUGAUUUCUCGGUACAUGUCCAAGCUAAACUCUAAAGGUACCGAGCUCCAAAAUGAGAGAUUAGUCUUCCACUUUCUCCUCAUGCACUAGUCCUUUUGAAUUUGAGGCGAUGUUUACAGCAAUAGCUGCUUUAUUUGUUUUUGCGAAGCCAGAACAGUACUAUUUAUUGUCAUGUGUUUUCUUAUGACUUGAUAUGUUAGUUGUAAUAUUCUACAAUGAGUCUACUUGAGUUGUAAUGUCGGUUUCUGUCUCCUCGCCCUAAAAAUCAGCAAUAAGUGAAUCAUCUCAUUUGGAGUAACAACAGCACUUGUGUGGAGUUUUGGUAUCCGCUGUGAUUUGUUGCGUAGCUUGUUAUAAUAUCUCAAUAAAAGAGCGAGCGUUUUCAAAGAGCGAGGCCAAUUAUGAUUUUUGUUACUGAAAAUGUCAAUACUGUACACGUUUGUCAUGAACACUUGGUGGGGAUGUAAACAAAAUUCAAGAAAAGCAUGAAACUUGGGGAAAUUUUUGAUUUUGGCUAUCACUGUCUAAAAGUAAUUCAACUAAAAAAAAUGUCUUUGCUUCACUGAAGUAUGCAGAGAAUACUCAGACAAGUGUGAUUUGACAGUUUGGAAUGUUGUUCAAGUUUAAGAUGGAAUUCACGGUUACAAAAGAGCUGUUGGACGUUUGCCACCAGACAUGAACAAAAUAAUGAGGAAAAAUUAACCUGAAGUACAGUUAACGUGUGCAUUUAUUAAUCUGACUAAAUCAUUCCUUUUUCUAGGAACAAUAAAUGGUAAUUUUCUGUUGUGGAGACAAA